ACAGCUACCCCAACCUUCUCAAGGACACGUCGACUGAACUCGAGUGCGGCGUAAUCGUGUGGCCUUGUGAUAUUCUCAAUUUACAUGGUUGGACUGUUGACGAAUUUUGGUUUGAGCCUGUGACGAUUGCGCGACGCUAACAUAUACUCCGGUUAACCCCUACACGAGUCCACGGAGAUAAUAAUCCAUCAGUUACCUCUACGACAUAUCGAAAUAAACAUUCAUGGCCGCACCACAAGGGGGUUACCCUCCCCAGGAAGGGUAUGGUCAACCUGCCGAAUAUGAGUCUCCUUCACAGCAAGCUGCGGGGCUAGCCGCUACUCCGGCUCAACAUGGAGGUAGAAAGAAACGAGCAUAUGCCGGAGAAGCCUUCGAGUUUGGGUCCGGUGCCAAUGCUGGCCUAGGAGGUCAACUGCCAGCUGGUGGUACCUACGGAGGAUAUCCAGCUCAGCCACAAGCCGCGGGAUAUCAGCAACCUGUGUACGGGGCGGAUCCUACUCAGAUGCAAGCGGCUGCUCAAGGAUAUGCUGCCCCUGCAGCGCCUGCAGUCGCUCAGAUGACCCAACAAUUCGGUGCGAUGGGGGUAACCGAUCCGCAUCUGAUGCCACCGCAGCCCGUUGCCCAGGCCGCCCAGGCCCCGCGACCUGUUCUUAACCAUCUUUACCCAACAGACCUUCUCACACAACCAUUCAAUGUCGCGGAACUUGACUAUCCUCCACCUCCUAUCAUUUUACCCCAAGGAACUAGCGUUUAUCCCUCCCCUACUGCAAACUGCCCCCCAAAAUAUGUCCGGUCAACACUCAACGCUGUUCCUACCACCCACUCUCUCCUGAAGAAGUCCAAGCUGCCUUUCGCUCUUGUUAUUCAGCCAUACGGAGCGCUCCAUGAUGCAGAAGACCCAGUCCCAGUGAUCCCAGACCAAGUUAUCUCUCGUUGUCGCCGUUGCCGAUCCUACAUUAAUCCCUUUGUGACAUUCCUUGAUCAUGGGCACCGCUGGCGUUGCAACAUGUGCAAUCUGACAAACGACGUACCCCAGGCCUUUGAUUGGGACACAACGCUGCAACGACCGGCGGAUAGGGCAUUGCGACCUGACCUUAACCAUGCGGUUGUUGAGUUCGUUGCGCCGCAGGAGUACAUGGUGCGCCCCCCGCAGCCACUCGUCUACCUUUUCUUGAUCGACGUUAGUUAUGCGUCUGUCACCAACGGUCUCUUGGCUACGAGUGCUCGGUGCAUCAAGGAAACUCUCGAACGCAUUCCUAAUGCAGACCGUCGGACGCGACUUGGUUUCAUAGCGGUCGACUCCAGCCUCCACUAUUUCAGCAUCCCGCGCGAUGGCUCAGAGAACUCGGACCCAAGGAUGCUUGUUGUCAGCGAUUUGGACGAGCCGUUCCUCCCUAUCCCUGGUGAUUUGCUAGUAACUCUGAGCGAAUGCCGUGAAAACAUUGAAACGUUCCUGGAUAAACUGCAGGAGAUGUUCCAGAACACCCAGAACAAUGGCUGUGCUAUGGGAUCGGCACUGCGUGCUGGUUACAAGUUGAUCGCCCCUGUUGGAGGCAAGAUGACCGUUCUUAGCUCCUCUCUUCCUAACAUUGGACAUGGUGCCCUGACCAUGAGAGAGGACAAGAAGGUUUUAGGCACUAGCAAGGAGAGUGGUCUUUUGCAGACCGCAAACAGCUUCUACAAGAGCUUUGCUGUGGAGUGUUCGAAGGCCCAGGUCUCUGUAGAUAUGUUCCUCUUUUCUUCUCAGUACCAGGAUGUGGCGUCUCUUAGCAACCUGCCAAGAUAUACUGGCGGUCAGACGUACUUCUAUCCUGGAUGGAACGCUGCACGGGGAGAGGAUGCGAUCAAGUUCGCACGAGAGUUCUCGGAGUACCUCUCGUCAGAGAUCGGCCUGGAGGCCGUCCUCCGUGUCCGUGCUACGACCGGUUUGCGCAUGAGCACUUUUUACGGUAACUUUUUCAAUCGCAGUUCCGACCUCUGCGCUUUCCCUGCUUUCCCCCGCGACCAGGCCUACGUUGUUGAGGUUGCCAUUGAUGAGACUGUUGCAAAACCUGUUGUUUGCAUGCAGACCGCUGUACUUCAUACUACAUGCAAUGGCGAGAGGAGAAUUCGGGUCUUGACUCUGGCGCUUCCCACUACCCAGAGCCUUGCAGAUGCUGUCGAACGGGCUCUCGGAAGCGGCUUGGACCCUGCCCGAGAAGCCCUGCAGGCCAAGGCCGUGGAGCUUCUGGCAACCUACCGAAAGGAGCUUGCUGGUGGAAGUGUGAGCGGCGGAGGCCUACAGUUCCCUGCUAACUUGAGAGGACUCCCUGUUCUUUUCCUCGCACUGAUCAAGAAUCUUGGUCUUCGGAAAUCUGCACAAAUUCCGACUGAUAUGCGCUCUGCGGCUCUCUGCUUGCUCUCAACGCUCCCCCUCCCCCUUCUCAUGCAAUACAUCUACCCGAAGAUGUACUCUCUGCACGACAUGCCAGAUAAUGCUGGCCUGCCAGAUGAGCAGACGGGCGAGAUUGUUCUCCCCCCACCAGUGAACUUGUCUUCUGAGCGGGUCGUCCCAUACGGUCUCUACCUUAUUGACGACGGCCAGACACAGUUCCUCUGGGUGGGACGUGAUGCUGUGCCACAGCUCAUUGUUGAUGUCUUUGGCUUGGCAGACAAGUCGCAACUACGUGUGGGCAAGCAGAACCUUCCUGACCUGGAUAAUGACAUGAACCAGCGCGUGCGGGCGGUCAUUGAGAAGAGCCGGGAUCACCGGUCGAAGGGCUGCGGCAGCAUUGUGGUGCCACAUCUGUACGUGGUCAAGGAGGAUGGAGAACCCGGUCUCCGGCUGUGGGCACAGACAAUGCUCGUGGAGGACCGAGCCGACCAGGGCGUCAGUCUUGCGCAAUGGAUGGGCAACUUACAGGAAAAGGUUUGA